ACAUGUUAUUAGACGUAUAAUGUCGGUUACAUUACCAUGCUGCUGCAGCGUACAUGUAUAUAUUCUUUAACAACCAAUAUAGCAAUGUGUAAUUAUUUCUUUAACGGUGUAUGGUGGCAUUCAGUGGUAUGUAUUUGAUAGAUAAUUUGGUUUGUGUUUUUAGCUUUUGAUAUAUAUAUAAUUUUUAACCCAAUCCACGACUUUUUCCUAACCUUAACCCAGACACUCAUUUCUGGUAGAAAGCCCUUUUUCCAUAAGUGCGGUUCGGCUGAACUCUGUGACUACUGUAGAGGCUAUUUUAUUUCCUCAGAAACGAAACUUAGCGAGCUGCGCAGGCGCAGUAGGUGCAGCCCAGCUGCGUUACAGAGGGAAACGGAACCUCUUCAUACAGAAACCAUGGUGAGGGUACAGCAGUCCUGCAUUUGACGUGUCUCUGUAGCGGCAGCUGAAAUUUUGACUGCAAGAAAAGUCCAGAGCAGAAAGGGCUGACUUCCUCUCAGGGUUCAUCCGAGAUGGAAGAUGAUAACAAACACCAAGGCUGAUAGUGUGGUGAAAGGAGAAAGAAAAUCAUGGCUGACGAACUUGGGCAGUCACCCAAGGGUUGGACUGAAUCUCAAGUAAGCACCUGGCUAAGGUCUUUUGGAGUGAAGGAGCAGUACAUAGAAAAGAUCUAUGAGGAAGAAGUAGAUGGACAGAUCCUACUUGCACUGGAUGAGGACUUUUUGAAGUCAAAGAUUUGCAUGAAAUCAGGGCCUGCUCUUUUGAUUAUUCAAAAGAGAAAUGAGCUCAUCAGCUCCAAACAGAAGUCUCAAGAGAAGAAAAAGACCACCGGUGGCAAAACAACUGAGUUGGAACAGAAAUCAGUUCAGUGUCUUCCUACAACAACUGAAAGUCCUUCAGCACAGACUCCUCAGAGAGAUCCAAAUGUCUUGAAGGACAGACAAACAGGCCAAGAACAAAGUGUGUUGACGUCAAAGGAAGACUGCAGACCACGCCCAUUUGAUCAAGAAGGGAUUGAUUUCAUAUAUGUAAAGCACAGUGUCCUGCAACCUGAAUCAGGUGCUUUUGACCUAAUAUCUCCAUGCCAUGAGUUUAAGUCUCUUGCUUCAGCUGCUCAAUUGGAUCGCACAAGACUCCAGGCUAAAUUUGCCAAAGAGGUCCUUAAAUUUGCAGCUGGUUGUAUGAAUAUCCGAACAAAUGGCACAAUACACUUUGGUGUGAUGGACAGCAAGGAGGAUGCAGGAUACGUGCAUGGUGAGAUCAUUGGUAUCCCUGUAAAAGAGAAAGACAUUUAUGUAGAUGCUUUGGACUACAUUGAAAGGAGCUUCUCCUCGAACGAGGAACAUGUACGCCAGUGUGUGCGGCCACCAAGGUUCAUUGAGGUUAUGGAUCGAGAAAGUACAGAAAAGAGGUAUGUGGUAGAGGUUGACAUUGUGCCUUCAAUAGGUAUUGUUAAGAGCAAGGUGUAUUCGGUUCGUCUGCCAAACUUCAAAGAGUCAACCAACAAAGUAGAAUUUGAGAAAGAAAUGAUUCUGCGGAGGGUGGGUUCAAAAACAGAGCCAGUAAGCGACAAAGACCGAAGUGAUUUUUACGAGCGAGUCAAAGAUCGGGAUGCCCAAAGAGAAGAAGCAGAGAAAGGUCAGUUCUUCAGCGCCCCAGACUUCUGCCAAGACCUUGGAAGGAAACUCAAAAUGCUAAUGACUAGUGGGAAGAAAUUCAUUGAAAAGGAGAAAUGGUUCAUACUCGUCACAAACAAAUUCAACCCUGAUGACCUCUGCAACAUUGACUGGCUGCUUAACAUGAACUUAUUCUGUGUGUUUGACUUUGACCCAGACUCAAAGAUUUCAGGUCUUUGCAGUAAAUACCUUCAGCAUCACGCUGCAAACAUGCAUUCUCUGCAGAGCUACAGGAUAUCUGGAGACAAGAGCAUCAAAGAAUUCACAAGCAGCUUGCAUUUGUUUGACCAAACUAGCUGGAUCUUUUGUAAUGGCUGUACUGACUUCAAAGGAAAUGAAACUCCAUGUGAUGAAAUUACUUGGAUUGAGACAAAAGUCACUAUCCUGCGGGAAUCUGUGUCUUUGAUCUGUAAGCAAAUCUUGCCAAAAGGGACGUUCCAGGUAAUUUUUCUUCUCACGUCACCAGUGGAGAAACCACUUUUGCUCACCUUUUAUGAGUUUUUCACAGACAUGGAAGGCCAUGAAGACAUCAUCUGUAUCUGUGAAUCACAGAAAAACUUCCAGAAGUGGCAAAGCUUUGCAGAGGUCUCAUGUGGACAGAGUGAAACUGUCAACAAUUGCAGUGUUGUUGGGAUGAAAAUGAGUCAUGUUAAUGCAACUCUGCAGCAAAUACAACCUGUAAAAGCACAUGCCAGCAAACACCUGCCAGUCUUUGUGAAAGGGACAUGUCUGCUAGAAACACAGGCAGAGGAACAGAUGUAUUCUCUGGAAAUUCUGACGGUUGAUCAUUGCGAUGAAACAAGUGAAGAAUUCAUCAGUGAGGAGAAAGCAAACAUUGAAGAGCAGUUCUAUCGUGGUGGGAAAGUGAACUGGUUGAAUUUCUGGCUUGCUGAGCACAAGCAUUUGGGAGAGGUAAUUGAAAGAGAUGCUUAUCAUGAGGUUUCCAGACUUCUCAGUGAUGCUUUGAAAUGGAAUGCAGAUCAAACUCCAGUAAAGAGUAUAAACAUCUACCAUCAUCCAGGAAGUGGAGGAAGCACUGUCGCAAGACAAGUGCUGUGGAACCAAAGGAAAGAUCUAAGGUGCGCAGUUGUGAAGCCUUCAUACUCAGCUUCUCUUGUUGCGCAACAUGUAGUUGAACUAAGAGAAUAUGAAGAAAAAGAUCCACAGACAUGUCUCCCUGUGCUGCUCCUCAUUGAAGACUCAGACAAAGAAUAUCUAGAUGAUCUCAGGAAUGAACUGGAGGUUGCCAUUAACACGAAAAGAAUCCAGUAUCAAACCCUGUGUUUCAUUUUGUUGAGCUGCAGACGAUCCCAUGAUCCAGAGAAAAGAUGCAAGGAGUCGGUAUUGCACAAUGUGUCUGUCACUCAUGAGCUGUCUGAUCAAGAGAAGAGGAAGUUUGCAGGAAAACGGCAGGUGCUUGAGAAACAAUAUGAGCCACGAUUCAUCCUGACCUUUGUGUUGAUGAGUGAAGGGUUCAAUGAGAAAUACGUUCAACAGUUUGUGGAACAUUUGCUCCAAGGCAUUGACCAUCAAUCUGUUGUUACUCGCCUCAUUCUCUAUGUAGCCCUACUAAACACUUAUGUUCAAGACUCUUUCAUCUCUCUGUCCCAUUGUGAAUCUUUGCUUGCCCUAACCUUUCACUUGGAAAGGUUUCGCCAGCAUGAGUUUGAGAAAUCUCUCAGUGAACAGGCUAAACUAGUGUUCUUGCACCUGAGAGAUGACAAGACGCAAAUUAAAUCAAUCAGAAUCAUCCACCCACUCGUUGCAGAAGAAAUUCUCAAACAGCUUUUGGGGAACCAACAGACCCAAAGCAGUUUGGCAAAGAGUUUGCUCUGUGAGAACGUGCUUUUUGAGCACAGAUUUGGAAGGGAAGAAUAUCUGUCGUUUUUGAGAGCACUUUUCAUAAGGCGAGCCAGAAUAAGCAAAGGGGACAAAUAUGACAGUCUUUUCUCUCCCCUGAUUGAGCAUGUGUGUAGAAAGGAGAGCCGUCCAGACAAAGCAAUUGAGUUACUCAAGGAAGCAUUCCAGCGUUUCCAUAAAGAUGCAUUCUUUGCACAACAACUGGCUCGUCUUCAUUAUUCUUAUGAGAAGUUUGAAGAGGCAAAACACUGGGCAGAGACAGCAGCUAAACAGCUGCCCAACAACCCAUACAUACUCAACACAAAAGGGCAGGUUUACAAGAAAUGGUUCCAAGCUAAAUGCAAAGCUAUUGACCAUGACAAUGUACCAAAGACAGCCCAAAAUAUAGCAGAUGCUAUGGAGACUGCGCUGAAAGCCCUGGAGUGUUUUCAAGAAUGUGAGAAAGCAGCUGAGGCAAACAUGGAAAAUGUAAGCAAUUCUGGGUUUUUUGCUGAAGUUGAGGUUGGCUGCAGCCUGCUCAAACUGAUCUCAUCAUCGCAAGUGUUUGCUAACAGAGCCAAUGGCCAUGCAGAGUGUAUGAAGUACCUGUUAACUGAUUACAUUCCAGAGGACGUGAAACAUGUCUGGGAACCAUUUCAUGACCGUUUGAAAAAAAUUCACAAGUCAAUGCAAGAUACCUUGGAAUGGAUUUCAGAAGACCUCGGCUACUUCCAGACAGACAUUGGUGCAGAUGAAGAGGAGACCCCUGAAAGUCCUGAAGAGCAGAUAAGCCAGCCACUGACAUGGUUGGCAAAAAAAUCUGCAGAGUAUGGGAAGUACUUCAGUGAAGCUUACUCUACUGCACUUCUACAACAUGGACAAGCAGUCCCAGACAAUCUGACUCCUUUCCAAAAACGCAUGAUCAUCUAUCAUCUUGGUGGAGGUAACAUUACAUCCAUCCUCUCCAAGCUAACUGACCAGAGGGAUGCAAUACCUCUCCUAGAGACCAUCCUUUCUCUCUACCCCAGCAAUCCAGUCAAGGCCAGAUUUGGUCAAAGGGAUAUUGUGAAUUACAUCGUGGCCCACAUUACUCUGAACUGCCUGUCACCACAGAAUCAAAAGGUAGCUCCUCUCAAAAAUCUGCACGCACUGUGUCAUCAGUUCCCAUCUGAUAAAAGGAAAUGUUUACCAAGUGCCCUGUUCUUGCUUACCCUGCUAUUCUGGCCUGAUGAUCAUGACACAGCCCUUGAGAAAGAAACCAAGUAUGAAAUAGUGCAAUCAGCUGUUGAACACCUGGAAAAAGACUACUGGAUCAAGAUGAAGGACAUUCCUCAGAGGAAAAGACGGAUUUACACCCAUUUUUUCCUGGGCAAUGGGAAUGGAUUGGACAAAUUUGUCCACAAGAAAAAGUUUGAAACAGUCACAAAGGUGUUCUCUGUCUCUGAGAAACGCAUGAAGUGGUUUAGAGGUGAGGCAUGGAAAUUGCCUGAGAUUGCCACGAUGCUGAAGUGUGUCUCUGGAUGGACUGAAAAUGGAGUAGUGUACCUCGAAGGCCCUCGGAAAAAGAAAUUCAAUAUCUUGCCUCUUCAUGUUCCUUCAGUGCCUCAUAGUAAUGAAAACAUCACAUUCUACCUGGGGUUCACAUUCAGAGGCCCUGUUGCCUACAACAUCACUGUGAGGAGGUAGUUUGUUUCCCAACAAUGAGCCUAUCACAUGUAGCUGUACGUCAUCUUGCUGAAACAUGGGCCUAGUACCACCUCAUAACAACGAGCAAGAACAGAUUACAAAAAGAUCCAAUCAAAACACACAGGCCUUCAAACAAUAGUUUGUCUUUGAACAAUGAUCCCGUCACGUAUGGCUGUACAUCGUCUUGCUGAAACACAGACAUAGUACCUUCUUAUGACAGUUUGUAUUUUGCAGUUUGCAUUGUCCCCUCUUGUGUAUAUAUAUGUAAGUGAACUAAAAAAUACAGCAUUAGUGUCAUAGAAAUCACGAUCCAGAUUUUUUUUGUAUAGAAACAUGGACUAUGACAUGACUGACUCUGGUUUCUCAGAGUAAUAACAAUGUAAACUGAAUGCUUUUUACUCUACAACUCAAUGCUUCUCAAUACAACCUUCAAUUUCCUGUUUAGAUUUAUCUAUUUUUAUGUAUCCAGAUAUAUAUUUCCUGUUUUUGUCGUAGUAUUUUUUUUAAUCAGAAUGUUUGUAGAUCUGUGAUCUGAUUGAACUGGAACUGGCUCACAUUUUGUGUGAUCCUGAAGAAACAGAACUAGACUUCUACUGGAUAGAAAAAAAAGCUCACAAGAUGAACUUUGUUUCCAUGUGUGUACAUCUGGGCUUCUAGUAGAUCAUUGACAGCUUACUCACUCAUGUACAUUUUCCUGGAUUCACUGUAAAUAGAAAUGGAAUUAAACGCAACUAUUUUCAUGGCUAUUGUAUCAUUGUUAUAACAACAAAUGUAUUAAGAGCUAAACAGCAACAUAAUGUACAGUCAGAGAAGAAUGUGUGUACAUAAUGAUGUGCAACAGAAAAAUGUGUGUAGCAAAGUAUGGAAUUUAAUGGAUGUGUGUUUGAAUAUGCUUUACACAAAUUAUGAAAACAUGCUUGUCCUUAAUACGAAACUACAAGUGAAGCCAGAUAGGCUACAGUGCCCACCUGUACUUUUUUGAUUGUAUUUACUUUUGUUAAAUGCUUUUGAAAACAAUAAUGUUCUUAAAUAUAUGCAAAACAUGUCACUGAAUAUAAUAAACUCUUUUCUUUUUCAA